AUGAUCAACUUCAAAGCAGUUGGGCUGACGGUAUUUCCAAUUGCAUGUGGCUCUUUGAAUGGAAUUUUCUUCGGACCUAAUCGUCACAACAAAGACGAUUACUACAAUAAGCUGUUAAAGCCUCCUUUUCAACCUCCUGGAUGGAUAUUUGGGCCUGUGUGGACCACUUUGUAUGGGAUGAUGGGCUAUGCUUCUUACCGGAUUUUGAGCUUGGAUGGAAAAGCAGAUAUCUCCACGGCCAUGACUGCCUAUGGAGUUCAAUUUGCUCUGAACAUGUCCUGGACGCCUGUGUUUUUUGGCUGGCAUAAAAUGAAAACGGGUGGUUUAAUUUGUGCAGCGCUUUCGGCUUCCAUCGCGUGGACAAUCAAAGAGUUCCAUGACUUGGAUUUGGUCGCUAGCAGACUACUCUAUCCUUACUUAGCCUGGAGCUGCUUCGCUACCGUUUUGACUUGGAGUCUGGUCUAUCUCAACAAGGGAAACAAGGCCUUGAAAGAGGAAUGA